AUGCAAAGACCAUCACCAUUACGGCUCAGUGGCCCUGAAGCCGGAGAUGGCAAUGUCUCUCGGCCGAAUGCACAGCGGUCGAGGCAACAAGAUCUGUCCCCCGCCGUGUAUCCCGAGUCCCUCGAUGCAUCAUCACCGCACAACGAAAAGGGCACUGUUCCCGUAGCCACGGCUCCCGGCGACGCAUUGCCACCAUCCGAAGCUCCGUAUGUCGACCCGGAUGACUUUGACGAGGGUGGCGCCAGUGCGUGGACGGCCGUCUUCGGAGCAUGGUGUACCCUCUUCUGCACCUUUGGGCUCGGCAACAGCGUCGGCGUGUUCCAGGCCUACUAUGUCAGCGAUGCCCUCAAAGAGUAUCCGUCAUCAACCAUUUCGUGGGUGACUGGUGUUUUUCUGUGGACGCUGAACUUUAUGCCCGUCAUUUUCGGCCGCGUCUACGACCGCUUCGGUCCAAAGUGGAUCGUCGUCGGCGGCACCCUGACCUACGUCUUCGGCAUGAUGAUGGUCUCGCUGUCGACCGAGUUCUGGCACUUCUUCCUCGCCAUGAGCAUCGUGGCCCCUAUUGGCUCGAGCGCCGCCGCGAGCGCCAGCAUGUCCGCGACCCUGUCCUGGUUCCGCAAGAAACGCGCCACGGCCUUUGGCAUCAUGAUGUCCGGCUCCUCCGUCGGCGGCGUCGUCCUGCCCAUCAUGAUCUCACGCAUGAUUGACCGUGUGGGCUUCCCCUGGACCAUUCGCGCCGUGGCCUUUCUGUUCCUCGCCCUCAUGGGCGUCUCGUGCUGCACCGUGCGGUCGCGCUUACCACCUGAACCGAGGCCGCUUGUUUUGAGGGAGUACGUGCAAGGAUUGAGAGAGCCGGCCAUGGCUUUCACCGUAUUUGGCAUGUUUCUCUUCUUCUGGGGCAUGUUUCUGCCGUUCAACUUUAUCAUUCUGCAGGCCAAGGCGCAGGGCAUGAGUCCUGGUUUGGUUAUUUACCUCCUCCCUAUUAUGCACGCUGUGAGCAUCGUUGGGCGCAUUCUCCCCGGUAUCCUCGCCGACAAGUUCGGCCGCUACAAUGUCAUGAUCUGCAUCGUCACCCUUGCCGCCGUCUUCACCCUCUCCAUCUGGAUCCCCAGCAAGACAAACACAGCCAUCAUCGUCUUCACAAUCCUCUUUGGCUUCUCCUCCGGUAGCUUCACCUCACUCGCGCCGACGCUCGUCGCGCAAAUCUCCGAUAUCCGCCAGAUCGGCAUACGCACCGGCACUGCGUUUGCUGUCCAGUCUUUCGGCGCCCUGACGGGGAGUCCCAUCGCCAGCGCCAUUGUCGAGUCCCAGGGAGGCAGGUAUUUAGGAUUGCAGCUGUUCUGCGGCCUCGCCAUGCUCGCGUCUGCGGUCGUCUUCUUCUUCGCGAGACAUGUGCAAGUCGGACUACGCUUAAACAAAGUAUGA